AUGGGCGUCUUUCUGCCCAUCAUUGCCGUAUUUGCCACGGCAGCGUCAAUGUGCAUGGUGCUGUCGCCUGUCAUUACCGUCGGCAAUAUGCGCGCCGCCAAUUCGGUUGGCGUCGGGACAAUCACUUUCUUUUGUGCGCAGCUCCUCAACUGCAGCGUGUGGGCCAUGUACGGCGUCCAAACCAUUAGCUUACCGGUGAUUAUCUGCAACACAGUGGGCUCUGCCACUGCCGUGUACUGCAUCCUGACGUUCCUGGCAGUGGCCCGCAUGCAGGAGAAGGCGGGGCAUGUGCUCAGUUCAACGAGCUAUCGCUCCUCGCUGAAUUCCGCGAUAUUCACCGCAUUUCUAAUUAUUCUUUUCAUGCUGUUACUUCUCUAUCUCAUUAAUUGUGCCAACUGGAGCUCUACUGCACAGCUGAACGGCAUCCUGGGCGGGUGCUGUAGCGUCUUUAUGCUGAGCUCGCCCCUCGGCAUGACGAAGGUCAUCAUCAGGGAAAAAAACGCCGAGCCGCUGCAACCGGAGACCGUCAGUUUCGCAACGUUGAAUAGCGUUCUGUGGGUGCUGUAUGGUCUUUUGAAGUUCGAUAUGUACAUCACGAUUCCCAAUGUGCUCUGCACCCUGGCGUGCAGCUUCCAGGUCUUCCUGCUCGUGCGGUACGGCCGCCGCACGGCACAGCGCCUCCACAUCGCCGAGGCGCUUUCGCCGGUUCCCGUCGACUAG